UCAAGUGGCUACUUCUAGUCAUCUACCGCAGGAGCGGCCCCUUGCAUAACCCAUUCCCUCUGAUGUGCGGCGAAGCUCACAUGCUGCGUUUCAAUGGAGGUCCACGUGCUAUCCCCUUUUCACCAAACAACCUCUUUUCCCAAUUCGUUUUUUCGAAAAGACAGAAUCUUUCCGUUCUUUAAUUCAGGUUUUGAUCGAAGCGCUUCUAUUUUAGUUUCGAAAGAGGUACCUGGGAAGAUCUGCAAAAUUUCACUCCCAGCAAAUAAAAGGUUUUGGAGAUUCAUAAUCACUUGAGAUCAAAGUCCACUCCACCAUCUUUAGGUUUGGCAAAAGUCCCUUUCUGCACGGAAGUUCUGCUCUCUCUUCUUUGACUCUACCAGUUUCAAUUCCUUCUUGUCUUCUUCUUUGUAUUUCCGCUUAUGUUAGUUUUGGACACUUAAGACAAUAUGAAGCUUGAAAUUGCUUCACCCUCUCUGCAAUUUUCAUUCUCUGGUAUGCCUCAAUCCCAUGCUGUGUGGCACAGGAGAAACUUCUUCGAGUCUGUUCUUCUCAAUCCUGUCAGAUUAAGUAGGGUUUAUAGGGGUCGCUCAAUUAGGUCUUCUUAUAGUGUAAAAAAUCUUAGUGGAGGUUUGUGUGAAGAACCCUUUCAAUCUAGGGAUUGUUGCACUGUGAGUCUAAGUAGAAACCCAAACGGCAAACAAGGUUCAAACUUUCCAUCAAAGUUUGAUUUCUUGGAUCCUGCAGUGCUUGGUAUUGUACCUGAAGCCCCGAAUUGGCCCGAAAGAGAAGCUGCUUCAUGGGCCCCAAUCGAGCAGAAAGCCAAGAAUUUUGAGCUUCCAGUUUCUAUGAGAAUGAUAAAGAAGAAACAGCAACGCGUUAGAGACUCUUGUCAAGAGUUGUCUUAUUCUUCACUAAGAACGGCAUUCUCUUCAAUGGUGUCCAUCUUUGUAGAGCUCCAAAGCCACGCUUUGAAGAUCCGAGAAGUUUUAUGCGAUGAGGAAUUGGAUGUUAAUCUCUCUAAGGCCCGGCGAGAGAUUUGUUCAUCUUUUGUUUGGAUCUUUCAGCAAGUUUUUUCACGAACACCUGAGUUAAUGAUUCAUGUUAUGGUCUUAUUAGCCGAUUUCAGCAUGAAUGAGAUGCUAUCAUCAGUUUUUAUCACAAAUCAAGAAGUGAGCCCCGAUCAAGAAUUGAGCGUAGCUGAGAAAAUGAUGUGGAACUCGAUUGUGGAUGAAUCUAUUCAAAUGGGAGGAUUAAAUAAAGAAACGAAACUCAGUUUCAUUUCACCAUUAACGGUUAAGAUUGAACCGGAGGACUUUGUAGAUUAUUAUGGAACAGACUUUAUGUAUCAGAUGAUGUUGUCUCAGGAUCCUUACAGCACGGUUCUUCUCUGCAAUUAUGCACAGUUCCUGCAACUCAUUACACGUGAUUAUGAUAGGGCAGAGGAAUGCUUUAAAAGGGCAGUGGAAGUGAAACCGCAGGAUGCAGAGGCUCUAUGUCAGUAUGCUAACUUCUUAUGGAUGGUUAGAACGGACUUAGAUGGAGCAGAAGAUCUAUACCAACAAGCAAUUGCUGCAGACGGUGACACAGGGAAUCCCUAUUAUGCAUCUCAAUAUGCCAAUUUCUUGUGGAAAACUGGAGGCGAGGAGACGUGCUAUCCCUUGAAUGUUUCAUCCAACAAUAACUAGAGGCGCCUUUGUUAUGGAUCAAACUGUAAGGAUAAAGCCCCAUGGAGAAGAUGAAGGGGCUUCAAAGAAUGACUUGUUUAAUGUCAAAUGUCAAUGUGGAUAUCAAUCUUUAAGAUGGGGCUGAGAACCCACCAAAUGAACAAAACUUUUGAGGCUGGGAACAAUGUGUGCUUUGAUGAAAAACUCCCCCAAAAAGCUUGUACUGAGACUUUUGGUGUAUUUAUUAUUCAAUAAAACAAUUUUCCUCGUACAUGUAACCUCGCUAAUACUAACUUAUGAUCACUCUCUUCUUGAUUUGUAUAUUGCUAAUAUAAUAAGUUAUUUAUCCUUUUCGUGCUCUUCCAAUGUUUGUUUAAUGCAUCGACCUAUAAGG